AUGUCUAGGUCAUUUUAUGUCGACUCUUUGAUUAUCAAGGACACGGUGCGACCCAUACCUCUUAACGAGCAUCCCCGACAAGACUUCCUCUUCCCCAUCAGCAUGCACUCGCCCACCAUGAUGACGGUCACCGCGCCAGUGUGCCCGUCCAGGAAAAGCGGCACUUUCUGCGUCUGCCCGCUUUGCGUCACGUCCCACCUCCACUCUCCCCGCAGCGGCAUUUCGAUGCUGAAGAGUCAGUUCCCGAGAGCGGAGCCCCAAUAUUGUCAGAGGAUAUCAAACCACCAACAGUCUCCGCCACUGGCGCACCCGUCUGCACGACCUGUCUGCACGCCUGUCUACAAGCCCAUGUACAGCGUCACAGACCCCAUGAGUUACCACUGUCUCUCCAUAGGCGCCUCUGAGAGCAGUCACAUCCAGAAUGGCAAGAGAAUGCGCACGGCUUUCACCAGCACACAACUAUUGGAACUGGAGAGGGAGUUCUCCUCCAACAUGUAUCUUUCCAGGCUCAGAAGAAUUGAAAUAGCAACUUAUCUGAACCUCUCGGAGAAACAGGUGAAAAUCUGGUUCCAGAACCGGAGGGUGAAACACAAGAAGGAGGGAAAGGGCACACAGAGGAGAGCGCACAACGGUUGUAAGUGCGCAAGCGGUCACAUGGAUUACCCAAGGUCUGAGGACGAGGAAUCUCUAUCCCCUGCAUCAGCGUCAGAGGAGAAACAUAUCUCCCCAGUCUGA